AUGACAAACAUCAAGCUAUAUGAAAAUGAAAAGGUAUAUUUCAAAGCAUUGUUCUUCAUAGUUACAGCCUGUUUGAUUGUGUACACAUCAAGUGCAGAAGAAAGGCCUGAGAAAUGUAUUGCAAAAGCAGAUCUAAUGUAUCGGGUUUGCUGUGUUCAACCUCCGUAUUUCACUCGAGAAGUGGCUAAAGAAUGCGGCGCUGGCUUUGAGCUGCUAUAUGGAGAUCGAGAGAAUAAUGUCACUGGAUACCGACGACUUAGUUAUACUUCAUGUGGACAUUGGUAUUGCGUACUGGAUAAGUAUGCAUUAAUUACGAAUGAAGGUUUCCUUGAUCAUGAAAAAUUCUUUGCUCACCUUGAUGUUUGGGUGUCUCUAAACCCAGUUUUUUCUAAAACGAUGAUCAGCGCUAAACGUUUGUGCGCACAAAGCCAUAGAAUCUACUUCCCUUUGAAACCUUGUGAAUUCUUUAAUCUAUUAAUGUGCAUCAGAAAUUACGUCAACGUGGAAUGUCCAAUCAUCAUCCCGACAAAAGAAUGUAGAGAACAAAAAGCAUUCUUCAGAGAAUGUGGUCAGUAUUAUGUGGAAAAAUAG